AUGGAACAAGGAAAUAAAACAGAAGUUUCAGAGUUUCUUCUACUGGGAUUUUCAGAGGACCCAGAACUACAGCCCCUCAUCUUUGGGCUUUUCCUCUCCACGUACCUGGUCACUGUGCUUGGGAACCUGCUCAUCCUGCUCAUCAUCCUGGCCACCAUCUCAGACUCACACCUGCACACGCCCAUGUACUUCUUCCUCUCCAACCUGUCCUUUCUGGACAUCUGCUUCACCUCCACCACUGUCCCAAAGAUGCUGGUGAACAUCCAGACACAAAGCAACACCAUUACCUAUGAAGGAUGCAUCACCCAGAUGUGCUUUUUCUUGAUUUUUGUAGAGGUGGACAACUUCCUCCUGACUGUCAUGGCCUACGACAGAUAUGUGGCCAUCUGUCACCCCCUGCACUACACUGCCCUCAUGACUCCCCAGCUCUGUGGUUUGCUGGUUCUGUUGUGUUGGGUCCUGAGUCUCCUACAUGCCUUGAUACAAAGCUUCAUGGUUAGUAACAUCCACCUCAUGGAACCAGGAAACAAUACAAGCGUUUCGGAAUUCCUCCUUCUGGGAUUUUCAGAGGACCCAGAACUGAAGCCCCUCAUCUUUGGGCUUUUCCUCUCCAUGUACCUGGUCACUGUGCUGGGGAACCUGCUCAUCAUCCUGGCCACCAUCUCAGACUCCCACCUGCACACGCCCAUGUACUUCUUCCUCUCCAACCUGUCCUUUGUGGACAUCUGCUUCACCUCCACCACCAUCCCAAAGAUGCUGGUGAAUAUCCAGACACAGACCAAGGCCAUUACCCAUGCAGGCUGCAUCACCCAGAUGUGCUUUUUCUUGGUUUUUGUAGAGUUGGACAACUUCCUCCUGUCUGUGAUGGCCUAUGACAGGUUUGUGGCCAUCUGUCACCCACUGCACUACACUGUCAUCAUGAAUCCUCAGCUCUGUGGUUUGCUGGUUCUGGUGUGCUGGAUUCUGAGUGUCCUGCAUGCCCUGCUGCAAAGCUUAAUGGUGUUGCGUCUGUCCUUCUGCACACAUUUGGAAAUCCCCCACUUUUUCUGUGAACUCAACCAGGUGGUCCAACUUGCCUGUUCUGACAAGUUCCUUAAUGACGUGGUGAUGUAUUUUGCACUUGUGCUGUUGGCUACUUGUCCCCUCGCUGGCAUCCUUUACUCCUACUCAAAGAUAGUGUCCUCCAUCCGUGCAAUCUCUUCUGCUCAAGGAAAGUACAAAGCCUUCUCCACCUGUGUGUCUCACCUCUCCGUGGUCUCCUUAUUUUACUGCACGGGCCUAGGUGUGUACCUUAGCUCUGCUGCAACCCACAGCUCACACUCCACUUCAACAGCUUCGGUGAUGUACACUGUGGUCACCCCCAUGCUGAACCCCUUUAUCUACAGUCUGAGAAAUAAUGAUGUAAAGAGAGCCCUGAAAAGUCUCUUUGGAGGGAAAAUAUAA